AUGAUGCUGAUCAUCGUGCUGAACUACAUGUUGGUCAACCUAGAGUACAUUGCCCGCGUGUUGCUGGUCAACCAGGAGGUGAUGCUGUUCAUUCUUGUCCCCUUGGGCAACUCGUUCCCCGACUUGAUCCUGUACUAUAUCGCUUUCAACUCCAACAGCCCAGAUUUGGUGGUAGGCCAGCUUCUGGGGUCGCUCACCAUCUUAUUUACAGUGGUGUUCGGCCUUAUCGCCCUCGUUUACCCGUUCACCGUCACCCAACCAAAACUGCUAACGAUCGACAUGACCGCUGUUGGGGUGGUGAUCGUGGUGUUUGCCCUCGUCCUCAGUGACGGCAAGAUCACCCGCGGCGAGUGUUGGGGUCUCACCUCGAUCUACGUCGUCUAUGUGGCCCUGGUGUACAUUUUCGAUAAGAAUAAGAUCGAAGAGUUCCAAGACGAAAUGGAGGACCUUGCCGAGGGUACCGAGGAACUCCCCCAUUACGGGUCGGUGCCGUUGAAACCUGACCUCGAUACCGAGACGUUCACGUCAAUGGAGAUGUUCGUCGCUUCGCUCGAUUUGUGUCUUUCAGUCCUCAUCCCAUUGGUGGAACCACUGCAAGUGCAUUCGUUGUUUUCCAUCAAAGAACGAUUUGUGAAUAGUCCAUUGCAUAAACAUUGGCUCACGGCCAUGACCGUCAUCAUCCUAGAUUACGAGUAUUUUGAAGUGUGGAAUCCACAGAUCAUUGUCCCCAUUAUUGUGGCAGCUAUGUUGGUGGUAGAAGUCUGUGGGCGUUGGCUCCCUGAAAAACUCAAUAACAUAGUGGUUGCUAUGGCGGGAGUGACGAUUCCUCUCAUGAUCAUGAGUAACAUUCUGAUAGAAAUCUUACAGGUGCUCAAGAACCUUGGAUUGAUUUGGCGCAUUCUGGAAUUCCUUUUGGGUCUCCUUGUGUUCUCCAUUAGUAACAGUCUCAACGACCUCAUUACCAAUUUGAGUUUGGCGUAUCAUAAACCCAUCUAUGGGGUCAACGCAUGUCUCGGUACGCCCAUGCUCAACAUUUCGUUGGGGGUGGGGCUCAAUGGGUUGCUUGUUUUAUACCAAAGGGGCCAACUGUGGUUCGAGUUCCAUUUACACAACCGGGUGGUGUUUGUUUCGUCGUUGUUGGUGAUGAUUAUGCCGUGUUUGUAUUUGUACUUACGAGGGAACAAUUGGCGCUUUGACAGACGAUUAGGUUUGAUCCUCCUCGUGGUGUACUUCAUCACCAUCGCCAUCGAAGGCGUGGCGCUCACCACAUUAUGA